AGAACUCUGCGAUGUCUCCGUCCGCACUUUGUUUGUUGCUUGUGUUGCUUUCCCUGUUGAUUAGCGCUGCUGGAAGCGAGAUCUACAGCGUCGAGACAACGUCACUGGUUCCUGAUGAGGCGGAAAGCGGCCCGUUCGCUAAACUUCACGCCAAACACGCGCGCAUGCUCGUGCAUGGGAACGUUUGGGGGAUAAUGGCAACGACGUCCGUCACCUUCGGGAGCGCAGCGUUUGCAAACGUCGUUUCUUACAGCGAUGGCGUUGGUGUGGCCAAGGAGGACGCCACAGGAACUCUGUUCUUCUACUUGUCAGUUGAUGACUUCACAGCAAUGGACUUGAAGGCGAAUCCGAACGCGACCAUAGCUUUGUCAAAGGCACAAGGGGGUGCGAAAGCUUGCCUCAUGGACGCCGAAGAUCCAACCUGCUGGCGGCUCUCAAUGACCGGGAGAGUUGUGCCAGUAAACGAAAACCAACGGAACUAUGCUGAACAUGCUGUCUUCUCCAAACAUCCACAGAUGAAACAUUGGCCGAAGCAUCACGACUUCAGCUUCUACGUAAUGGAGAUCGAGCACAUUGUGUUCUUGGACUUCUACGGACCUGCGCAGCACAUUCCAGUCAGUGACUACUACAAGAUCAAUCUGUAAGCCAGAGUA